AUGUCCUACCGGAGGCCUACCGCGUCGAGUCAGCGCCGUGCCCGCAACCACAGUGACACGAGUGAGCUGUCACAGGCUGAGUCAGUGAAGUCCGCUCACGGCGGUAAAGCGAAUUUUGCAUUUGGCUCAAUUUUCAGAGAGUGUGGGAAAAGGUUGCGAGGGGAGAGUCCCACGGAAUGUAACGACGAAAUGGAGGUCCACCUUUCACAGCAGCUCACCAAGCGGUGCGAUGCUGCACUAGAACGGGCCUCAACGCUCCUCGAUAAGACGAUAAAAGAGAGCGAGCGCAACAGCCAGACCUUGCAGGACGGCAUGGGUAGCUCUUCAAGACGUUCGAGCAUGUCACCGAAAAAGCCGUCCAGUCCAGAUAAAAUGGAAGGUGGUGUCACUUCGCGUGGUUCCGCACGCCUCAGUGGCACAGUGCUGAAAGCACCUCCUCCGACGCCCGAGCAAACCCAAAGAGACGAAUCCGUGGCGAAUGAGACCAGGGAAAGCGGGAAGUGGCUCGAGAAAUUACUCGGAAGAGUUUCCAACGUAGUGGCAAAAGCAAGGACAUCACCAGAUAUGAAGGAACGUAUGCUCUCUGAGGACGCUGAUGGUGGAGCUUCCGCCGCGUCGACUCCACAUUCUUCCCCAUGCCCGUUGCAGCGGCCUUCAGUGGGUAGGGCCUCCAUGAAUGAAUCCACUCCAAGUCGAUUACGAAAGUCUGUUACCUUCAAGGAUGGGGCUAACUUGGAAACAUUAACACCACCACCACGUGUGCCACAUAUUUACGAGGAGGAAGAAAGCAAUCCCGAAGGUAAUGCUGGGGAAGAGGGGGGGUUGGCGGAGGCCUAUAUGUCAACUCAGUUAGCUGGAGGACCAGCUUUUUCAUCGGAACUGCCAUCACAAGUAACGCUGCAGUUCUCUCCGGCCCCACGGGCGCCAUCGCGGGGAAGCAGCUGCAGCCGAUCAGUGGAUAUGACGAAUUCCCCUGAACUUCCCCAAACUCGAGAUGUGGGUGCUGUCAUCCGCGGGAGGUCCAGCAGUGAAGCUUAUCGUGAACUUUCAAAGGAGGAACUUCUGCUCUAUGUGAAGCAACAUCACAUAUCCGUAAAGAAGAUAACAACCAAGAAAGAGUUGUUUGAAGUGGGUCGACGUAUUGCUGAGGAAAAAACAAGUCGGGCGGACUGA